AUGACAAUCAUUAAGAUCUCAAAUGACUCUAGAUGGAAAAUUGUAUCAAGUUCAAUUGUCGUUGAUCCAAAGUUUGCCGUGAAGGAGCUUAUAGAUAACGCUGUUGAUGCAGGUGCCGCCAACAUAUACAUUGACGUGGAUGCCAGGACUUGUGGAUGCGACUAUAUAUGUGUAAGAGAUGAUGGAUUGGGCGUACCUUUGAAGGAUAGGGAAUCUCUUUGCCUCAACCAUGCAACAUCAAAGAUUAGUUCCUUCAAUGAUCUAAAUCAGCUGUCAACUUUGGGAUUUAGAGGAGAAGCUUUGUUCUCGGUAGCUACUCUGUCAAAUCAGAAAGGUUCAAUGGAAAUAACUACCAGGACAAAAAAUGAUAGUGUGGGAGAGAAGUGGAGCGUCAAUGAACUUGGGGAAAUAAAAAAUAACAAAAGGUCUAAAGUCCCAUGUCCUGUAGGUACGGUGAUUGUUUUAAGAAGGUUACUGGCCGGGUUGAGAUCGAGAUGCAUACAAGUUUCUUCUAAGGCUUUGAAAAAUAUCGAAGAGUUUAAAACAAUGAUCAACCAUUACUCUUUGAACUUAAGAGACGUUAGAUUCCACUUUUCACUUGUCAGAUUGGAAAAUAAUGGAAAAAUAUCAGAAAAGAGAUUACAGAUGUCCACAGUUACAAAUAUUACGAGAGAAAGGGCUUUAUCUCUGAUAGCUCACCUUCGCAAGCCCAGCUCUUUAAACUUUAUAAUAAAAGAAGAUCUAGAAGCGACCAAUCUUGUGAGGCUGGAUAUUAUUUUGCCCAAGACUAACGCUGAAUGUGAUGUAGUAAACGUAAAGAAGCCCAAAAAGUUUUUCUCGGUCAAUAGCAGAGUAAUGUCACUGAAGCAAGGAAUAGGUAAAGCACUCAAUAAAAAGAUUAGUGACAUAUACCGUCAGCUGCAAUUGCUGGAGCCAACUGUGUGGUUUAUCAAUCUCAAAUGCUCCAUGGAGAUCAUAGAUAUCAAUAUUGAGCCUGGAAAAGAUGACGUCCUCAUAAAAAACAUGAAUUUUGUUAUGGAGCAAGUUAGUAAGGUGCUGUUAUCGUGCAUUUCAUUAGAACUAGGAAUUCAGCGUCAAGCAAUCGACAAUAUUGACUCGGAAGGAUAUAUUCAAGAUGAGCCAGAUGAGCCAGAUGAAGCAUUUAUCGAGGAACUAAGGGCUUCCCAAAAUAUGCAGAAUUUGAUGUGUACUGAAAAUGGUGCAAAAGUUGUAGGAACGAGACAAGAUGUAUAUCAGAGUGAGAAAAUUCCAAUCGCCAGAACGAAACAUGAAUCAAUCAGCAAUGAUACUAUCAAAGAACUGAAUUCAGAAUUGAUAUCAUCCAAAGAGGCAGAACGGCAGGCAAUUUUUUAUAAAGAGAGCCCUACAAAGUCUCAAGCUUCAAAGGGUUAUGACAGUACUAAAUCAUCUUCUCUUUCCUACAAUGAUAAUAAUAGUAAAAGCCUAAAUGAAGAUCAAAAGAUUGACCGAGACGUACAUGACCCAAAUCCGUUCCCAACAUCAAAACUUGGAAGAGACAGGCACUCAAACAUCAGAGAAAACGGACUUCAUGAAACGAUUGACCUUGACAAAAUGCCUUCGAUACCGAGCUCAAUUUUGAUUCGGGAAAACACUACUCAACAUAAUAAGAAGAGGACAAUUGACGAAACAUUUUCUUCGAAUGGCCUAACAAAAACACGCAGGCUAACAGGAAAUGAAGAGAGUAAACUGUUAUCGCUUCAGAGUAAACCUAUAUCUCCUAGAAGAAGUUCAGACUUUAAUGAUUCCACCUCAGAUAAUAGUGCAGAAAUGCUUUCAGCAAGGCACAACAAAAUUGAACGUCAUUUAUCAAUGUUUUCGGAAUAUACUAACAGCUUCAUUACGAGUAUUAAAUGCGACGGGUCUAUCCAGUUUCAACACUGGGAGGAAGAACUGCCUGCUGUGAAUCAAAUUAAGGCUCCAUCCGUUAAGCUGGUGGAAGCUAUUGAGGUUGUCCUUAACAGAAUAAUAGAUAAAGAAACGCAAUUGACAAAAACAAAAGAGGGGUGGCAUCUAUUGGUCAAAUGA